AUGUUUGGGCCUCACGUGAUGGACCUGCAGGCACACGGAGCCACCAGAGACAUCGGCUCGGCCCUGACCAGGAUGUGCAUGAGACAUCGCAGUAUUGAGGCCAAGCUGCGCCAGUUCACCAAUGCUCUGAUGGAGAGCCUGAUCUGUCCCCUCCAGGAUCGCAUCGAGGACUGGAAGAAGACGGCCAACCAGCUGGACAAGGACCACGCCAAAGAGUACAAGCGGUCGCGCCACGAGAUCAAGAAAAAAUCAUCCGACACCAUGAAAUUACAGAAGAAAGCUCGCAAAGGCCGCGGUGACCUUCAGCCCCAGGUGGACAGCGCCAUGCAGGACGUGACCGACAUGUGUCUGCUGAUGGAGGAGAUGGAGAAGCAGGCGGUGAGGCGGGCCCUGGUGGAGGAGCGCGGACGCUUCUGCACCUUCAUCGGCUUCCUGCAGCCUGUGGUGAAUGGGGAGAUAGCCAUGCUGGGAGAGAUCACACACCUCCAGGCCAUCAUCGAUGACCUCACUGUGCUGACCACCGACCCCCACAAACUGCCCCCAGCCAGUGAACAGGUGAUUAAAGACCUGAAGGGUUCAGACUACAGCUGGUCAUACCAGACUCCUCCCUCCUCCCCCAGCAGCUCCGGCUCUCGCAAGAGCAGCAUGUGCAGCAGCGUCAACAGCGCCAACAGUAGCGCCUCCCGCUCGUCAGGGGGGGGGGGAGGUGGGGGCUCCCAGCCCCACUCACCCACCUCCUGCUCCUCUUCCUCCUAUCGCUACCGCAGUGGCCUGUCCUACCAGCCGCCGCCGCCGCCGCCGCCGGGGGGGGGAGGCGGGGGGGGAGGGGCCGGCUGCGUGGCGGCCCACCGCCUCAGCAGCGUGUCGUCGCACGACUCGGGCUUCGUGUCGCAGGACGCCAACGUCUACUCCAAGCCGCCGUCGCCCAUGCCCUCCGACAUCACCAGUCAGAAGUCGUCCAGCUCUGCGUCUUCAGAGGCUUCAGAGACCUGCCAGUCAGUGUCCGAGUGCAGCUCCCCCACUACUGAUUGGUCCAAAGCAGGUCAGUACGAGCAGCCGGUUGCCGUGGCAGCAGUCCAGAGGAGAAAGGAGCCCCUUGAUAGGCUGAGGGAGCAGGAGUCGUCUCCAGGCAACCAGGGGUACGGUUCCGGCUCCCACCUCGACCCUGACGGACAGAGGACCCGGAUGCAUCAGGCAAACAUGGCCGCCAAGCACGGAGACGACGUGUCCCCGGCCGCCAGCGACCUGGCCAUGGUGCUGACCCGGGGCCUGAGCAUGGACCAGCAGAAGAGCAGCCGGGACUCCCUGCAGUACUCCAGCGGCUACAGCACCCAGACCAACACCCCCUCCUGCUCCGAGGACACCAUCCCCUCGCAGGACUACGACUGCUACUCUGUAAACGGCGAUACGGAGGCCCAGGAGGCACAGAGCGACUUCGACAAGUCCUCCACCAUCCCCCGCCACUCCAACAUCGCCCAGAACUACCGGCGCAUGAUCCAGACCAAGAGGCCCGCCAGCACGGCCGGGCUGCCCAGCGGCGUGAUGGGGGCCGGGGGCGGGGGCUCCGGCACCCCGGGCACCGCCACCAUCCGCCGCACCCCCUCCACCAAGCCCGGCGUGAGGCGCACGCUGUCCAGCGCCGGGCCCAUCCCCAUCCGGCCGCCCAUCGUGCCCGUCAAGACGCCCACCGUGCCGGGCGAGCCGCACCCCCCGGGCUACGCUGCCGGUGGCGGUGGCGGCGGCGGCGGCGUGCCGGUGCGCGUCGGCAGCGAGGAGUGCGUGUUCUUCGCGGGCGCUGAAGAGUCCCACGGUACGCUCGACUACGUGAAGGCGUCGCCCAAGCGCCUCAGCCUGCCCAACACGGCGUGGGGGUCAGGGGCGGGGCUGGAGGUGUACAUGCACCAGCAGCAGCAGAGGGCAGGCGGCGGCGGCGGCGGCGUCACCGAGGAAGAGCAGAUGAUUGCGGCCAACCGCCACAGUCUGGUGGAGAAGAUCGGAGAGCUGGUGGCCAGCGCCCAGGCCCUGGGCGAGGGGCAGUUCCCCUACCCCUCCCUCCCGGACGACACUGGGCCCCCGGGGGACGGGGGCCAGGGGGGGGCCGAGGGCCCGGGGGGGGCGGAGGGGGAGGGGGAGGGCGCCGGGGGCGACAUGCUGACCACGAUCAGGAGAGGCGUGCGCCUCCGCAAGACGGUGUCCAACGACCGCUCUGCGCCGCGCAUCUUGUGAUCCGAGCGCCGGGCCAGGGAGCCGGUGUUCAGCCGAUAGGGGAGAGGCGCUAGGUGUUGGUGUGAUGCGAUCGGCCGCCUUGUGCACACACACACACACACACACACGCACACACACACACGCGCACACACACACACACACACACACACACACACACACACACACACACACACGCUUGUAAUGUAGAGAGAUCUAUGGUAUAACGAAACAGAAAAAAUACAAAAAAAAACAUCUAGACGAAAAAUAAAAACAAGUUGUUAGAGUAAUGAACAGUCUAUUCAAAGGAUGAUACUGAUGAUAUUAACAUAAACACCGGUAAUCCACGAUGAUAAUUCAAGUUAAACACCAACCAUUGACAGGCUUCUAGCUGGCCGAUAUAGCUCUUCCGACACACUGUCACUGCGUGUGUUGGAUGCAUGUUUGUCUUUUAACACCUGUAGAUGGGGAGACUGGCAGGCCGGAAGGAAAAAAAUAAAAAGAUGAGAAAGGAAAAAGAAAGAUUGACAGACAAGAGACUGAUUGGCCCCCUGUCACCCCGGGCAACCACAUGCCCACAUCACAACGUGUGGGAUGAAGGUUGGAAGAGGCAG